GGGGCCUUCACCAUGGCCGUCGGUCUCUCCAUGGCCGAGAUCUGCUCCGCCUUCCCCACCUCCGGCGGACUCUACUACUGGAGCGCGCGCCUCUCCGGCGAUCGGUGGGCGCCAUUCGCCUCCUGGAUCACCGGAUGGUACUUCCACUACUAUCUUCCAAUCCACCAUGUAUCACAGUAUCAUUGCUUGUCCUGUUCAUUAAAUUUGUAGCCAUGUACCUUUUAGUUGCCCGAGCCAUACACAAAUGAAAAUGAAACCUUUUUUCGUAAUCAACCAUGCUUCACCCCCUGGUCAAUGUGCAUGCUUUAAUCUUUUGCAGCAGGGUAGAAAAAAUGUACUACUGUUAAUAAUUUUUUCAGACUGUAACUUACUGAAAAUUUAUCGGAUCAGUGUGGGUCUAGUGAACUAAUCUUGCGUUUUUUUUUGAAGAAACUAAUCUUGGCGUUUUUUUUAAUAACCAAUUUUGCGUUUACCACUGGCUUGGAGCAUCUUGCUCGGCAUGCGUUGACUUGAGUACUGUACAUGAUUGCUGCUAUCACAUACAUAGCGAAGCUUCCAUCGGGGACCAGAGGAUUUCUGACAAUAAACACUAUUCUGAAUUGGUUCAACAUUGUAGGACAGUGGGCAGGCACGGCCAGUAUCGACUUCUCGCUAGCGCAGCUGAUUCAAGUGAUCGUCCUGCUCAGCACAGGUGGUAACAAUGGUGGGGGGUACCUGGCAUCAAAGUAUGUUGUCUACGCCUUCCAUGCCGUGAUUCUGCUGAGCCAUGCCAUCAUCAACAGCCUCUCUAUCACUUGGCUAUCUUUCUUUGGGCAGUUUGCUGCCCUUUGGAAUAUGCUAGGUGUCUUUGUCCUGAUGAUCGCUAUACCAGUUGUUGCUACCGAGAGGGCCAGUGCAAAGUUUGUGUUCACCCAUUUCAACACCGAUAACAGUGCUCGAAUUCACAGUAACCUCUACAUUUUUGUUCUGGGCCUCCUUAUGAGCCAAUACACACUGUCAGGAUAUGACGCGUCUGCGCAUAUGACCGAAGAAACAAAAAAUGCAGACAGGAAUGGCCCGAUCGGUAUAAUCAGCGCGAUUGGCAUAUCCUUGAUAGUUGGCUGGGGCUACAUACUUGGCAUUACGUUUGCAGUGAAGGACAUUCCCUACCUCCUGAGCCCUGACAAUGAUGCGGGAGGGUAUGCGAUUGCUGAAGUGUUCUACCUUGCCUUCAAAAGCCGGUAUGGGAAUGGUGUUGGAGGGAUCAUUUGCCUGUGGAUCGUUGCCAUUGCCAUAUACUUCUGUGGCAUGGGCUCAAUGACUAGCAACUCGAGGAUGACUUAUGCGUUCUCAAGAGAUGGGGCAAUGCCGUUUUCGUCCCUCUGGCAUAAAGUUAACAAGCUUGAGGUGCCGAUAAACGCUGUCUGGCUCUCAGCUUUCAUUUCCCUUUGCAUGGCAUUGCCGUCUCUGGGCAGCCUCGUCGCAUUCCAGGCGAUGGCAUCAGUCGCGACAACCGCAGUCUACAUUGCCUACGCACUGCCAAUCCUCUUCCGUGUGAUGCUGGCGCACAAGAGCUUCGUGCCAGGCCCAUUCAACCUCGGCCGGUACAGUGUGCUUGUCGGCUGGAUCGCCGUCCUCUGGGUGGCAACCAUCACCGUCCUCUUCUCGUUGCCGGUCUCAUACCCGGUGACCAAGGACACUCUCAACUACACCCCGGUCGCUGUUGGUGGGCUGUUCACCCUCGUUCUGUUGUCGUGGAUCGUCAGCGCGCGACACUGGUUCAAGGGACCCAUCACAAAUUUGGGAGGAUAAGGUGGUGUGGAGUUCUCGUGGUGUGAUUUCAGUGUGGAACGCUUUGUGAAUUGUGAUGUUCAGGCGAUCUCAGGGGGUCUAGUUACAUGCUGCUGUAGUUAUGAGGUGUUAGGGAGUGCUUAUACUGUAAUACUGAUGGUACAGGAUCAAGAAAUUUCCAUUUCUUCAGAAAUGCAUUCUUAAAUAUUGUCAAAGAUUUA